CUUCGAGCCGCCUCUGUUUGACGUCUGCAAUUUGCUGCGAUCGGGUGUUUUCGUUCGUAGCGAAAGAAAAACGUGGUAUUUGGCUGCGUUUUGCAGCGUGCAUUUGAGUAAAAGUGGUGAAAACUGAUCUAAUUCUACUACGAUGGCCCUGAAAGCGAUGAAAUGCAAGAAAUCCAAGCGCCAGAAAGCUUCGCUUCGGUACAAGGUAAUCAAGAAGAUUGCCGAAAGCAAACGGAAGAAGUCGAAGGAGGCGAAGAAGCUGCCCAAGCUAAAAAGCAAAAAGCAGAAGCUGAUCCAAGUGCCGAACAUAUGUCCGUUCAAGCGCGAAAUCAUUGCCGAGGUCGAGGAGUAUAAACAAAAGCAGGAGGAACUGCGUCAGAAGGACAGGGAACGACAAAAGGCACUGCGCCAGGAAGAGCUACGAUCCAAGACGCUGCAGUCGAUGGUGGCAGAUGCGGAGAAACGGCAGGAUCAAUUCAGCCCGCAAACUGGCGAGGACGAUGAGUAUGCAAACGUGACCGGUGGUGGUGGAAAGGAAAAUUCGUUGAAGGCAUACUUCAAAGAGUUCAAGAAGGUGGUCGACGCGGCGGAUGUAGUGCUGGAAGUGGUCGAUGCUCGCGAUCCUCUAGGCACUCGGUGUGCAGAGGUAGCGAAGAUCGUUCGCGAAGCGCCCGGCCAGAAGCGGUUGGUAGUGAUCCUGAACAAGGCCGAUCUUGUGCCGCGCGAUAAUUUGGAGCGCUGGAUGAAGUAUCUGCGCCGUUCGGGACCGGUGAUCCCUUUCAAAGCAACGACACAAGCACAGAAAUCCAAUAUAGGCCACAAAAAGUUCAAAUCCGCCAAAAGCUUCGACUGUUCACCGUGCAUCGGAGCGGAUUUGCUGAAGGAAUUGUUGGCCAACUACUGCCGCAGCGAUAACAUUCGUACGUCGAUCCGGGUCGGAGUGGUUGGGCUGCCGAACGUGGGCAAAAGCUCGCUGGUGAACUCGUUGAAGCGCAAGCGAGCCUGUAUGGUCGGUGCAAAGCCGGGUGUUACCAAACAGAUGCAAGAGGUACAAAUCGAUUCACACGUAAAGCUUCUCGAUAGUCCCGGAAUCGUGUUCCAGCGCCCAAAAGAACAGGACCAGAACAAAUAUUUCGCCCUCAAGAAUGCACAGCGCGUUACGGAAAUUCAGGAUCCAUUCCCGCUGGCAAACGACAUCCUCAAGCGUGGCACGAUGAUGUACUUCUGCAAACUGUAUGACAUCAGUGAGUUCCAUUCGACGGAUGAGUUUCUCGCCAAGAAAGCCAUCCGUAUGGGAGCGCUGGCGAAGAAGGGUGUGCCGGAUGUGAAGAAGGCGGCACGCUGUCUGAUCGAGGAUUGGAACAGUGGCAAGAUCAAAUACUGCACCCAGCCGCCGGAGGAUAAUACGGACGAGGUGCAUCUGGGUGCCCAGCUCGUGUCGUCGACGGACAGUGUGCCCGAGCUGGACCUUGACCAGCAGCUGGACGCUAUCGUGGAACAGUUGGGCAAUCAGUACGAGGCAAGCUUCAACAUGAAGGACGGGAACGGUAUGAAGGUGGCCAUCAAGAAGGAGGAUAUUCUCACGAUGGAAGUGGACACCGGUGGUCCGGUGCACAUGCGGCUGGCAAAAAGCGAUCAGCUGUCGACGCUCACGACCGAAGGAACGAUCAUCGAGCGGGACGAUGCGAUGGAUGGUAAAACGGGCGAGGGCAAAGGCCGCAAACGGAAGGUGAACGAUUACGCGGAGGAGGAGAAAAAAUUCCGCAAGGAUCCGAUGUUUCUGCUGGAAGGCAAUCAAACGGCUAACCGGAACAUGAAGCAGGAGCUGAAGAAGCGCAAAAAACAACAGAACAAGCUAACGAGCACGGUCAAGGAAGAGAAAGAGGCGUACGAUUUCGAUGAUGACUACGGUAUGGAAGAUCAAGAGUAACACGGUGGUGGGCACGGCACGGUAAGUUGAUUUUUCUUUCGUUGUGCGCGCUGCUCUUGGAAUGUAGAUUGUAGGCUCACUUUUGCUUAAUAAUCGAAUGCGCAUUAUUUGCAAAUGUACACGUAUAUUCAAUAAUAAAAAAAAACAAUCAGUUUCAAAAGGGUAAA